AUGAAAGAACUAUUUUAUUAUUUUUUUGUUUUUGUUUCAUGUUUUAGUUUUGGUGUUCUUCUUUGGGAAUGUUUAACAGGCGAAGUACCUUAUAAAGGUUUUGAUCCAAUGCAAGUUGCAUUCGGUAUUGCAACAAAUAAAUAUUCUCUUCCCAUUCCAAGUACAUGUCCAGAAGAAUUUUCACAAUUAAUGUCAAAUUGUUGGAAAAUUUCUCCACAUGAACGACCAACAUUUACUAGUUUAUUUGAACAAAUAAAUAAAAUUAUUGAAAUAAAUUAUACAACUAAUGAAAUCAAUCAUAUGGAACCAAAUGAAGAAUUUUAUCAAUCAUUACAAAAAGAUUGGCGUCAAGAAAUUCAAGAUAUGUUUAAUGAAUUAAAAGAAAAAGAACAAGAAAUUCGUGAUCGUGAACAAGCUAUUCAUCAACGUUUAUUAGAACAAAAUCAUCAACGUUUACAAUUAGAAAAAUGGGAACAACAAUUAUAUGAACGUGAAAUGCAUAUUGUUGAAUUAGAAUUACAAUUAUUAAUAGCAAAAAAUAAUCAACAACGUACACAUCAUCAUACACCAAAAAUACCACAUAGAUCUGGAAGAUUUUUUCGUUCAAUUCUCAAUGGAAAUAAUAAUAUAUCAUCCAGUACUAAUACUUUAAUUAGUAGUCCAACAAAUUUUCGUCAUUUAAUAUCUGUAUGUCAUAAUCAACCAACAAAUGAUCAAAUAUCAUCACCAAAUAUUCCUACAAUAUCUCCAUCAUUUCCAUCAUCUGUAUCAUCUUCAAUACCAUCUAAUUCAAUAAAUAAAUCAUCAUAUCCUCAAUUUAAUCGUUCAUAUUCAAGUAAUAGUACACCAACAACACCAAAUAUGAGUCGACUUCGUACAUUAACUUUUAAUCAAUUAGUUGAUGGAUGUAGUCCAAUAACACCACCUGAUAAACCUCCACGUUCAAUUAGUCAAACAAAAUCAUCAGGACGUAAAUCUAAAUC